CAUGUGGUCCAAAACUCCCCUCUUCCCUCCGCUCGGAUACGCCGCCGUCCUCCGGACCCAAACCAGACACCGCGGCCCAAGAGCAAUCAGAACGCCGCCCCGCAGCCAACGCGUGACGCAGCCAUGGCCACCUCCGCCUCGCCGCUCACCACGCUCCAUUCCUCCGUCCGCUCCUCCACUCCUUCCUCGCCCUACAUGGCGGCGCUGCCCCGGCGGCGAAGGCCCGGGGCGCGGUACCCUCGCAUCCAGGCCGAGCUCGACCAGAACACGAUCGUGGCCAUAUCGGUCGGCGUCGUCAGUAUCGCCGUCGGGAUAGGCGUCCCGGUGUUCUACGAGACGCAAAUCGACAAUGCUGCAAAGAGGGACAACACACAGCCGUGCUUCCCCUGCAGCGGCUCCGGCGCGCAGGUAUGCAGAUUUUGCAGCGGAAAGGGCAAUGUUACUGUUGUGAUUGGUGGAGGCGAGACUGAAGUAUCACAGUGUGUCAACUGUGAGGGUAUCGGCUCCUUGACAUGCACCACAUGCCAGGGCACUGGAAUUCAACCACGUUAUCUUGAUCGCAGGGAGUUCAAGGAUGACGAUUGAAGGUUUGGUUACUGGCAAGUGAUGGUAUGUCCAGGAUGUACCUUUACUGCCUGAUCCGAGGAUUCCAUGGCAUACUGAGCAGAGGUUCACCUAUUGUCAGCCAUCAGGAUCAUUCUGAUUGUUUUAUGUUGUAUUAUGUCUGUCAAUUUUUUGGUAAAUAUCUAUGCAAGUUUCUAAGUCACAUGCAAAUGAUUGCCCCUCCAUGUUUCCAAAUGAAAGGAAAAGAAAAACCCGGCUACCCCAAGAUGAUGACUUAAGUUGAAGCGUUGAUCAUUCUGCAGCGAAUGUAAGAUACCAUGUUCUUUUAAUUUUCGGAGCUAGCACCACUGGUCUCA